GUGAGUCAACUACACAACCCGCCUCGGACCAAAACUGGGGAAACAUUGGACCACUCCGUGUUUGGAGAGACGACGGAGGCGCAGCAGCACGAGGAGGAAGAAGAGGAGGAGGUGUCUUAUCUGCCCGUUUCGUUUACUCUUCUCCCUCCCUCGCGCACUCACGCACACUCUCCAUCAGCCAUGGCCAGCGGAGCCUAGAGUUGCCGCGCCGUUUCCAAGACGCACAGGAGGUCGACUAGGUGCCAAAUCGGUUAGUUUUUUGGGGAAGAACACGCAAGGACUGUGUGGAAUCCUAGAAAGCACAACAGCGUCUUGACCCCCCGAAAAACGUGGAGCAGCGCAGACGAUUAAAAACAGCAAUUUGUCUUCCGGAGAGCAGCGCGGUCCGGGAUUUGGAAACAGGUCCUCCUCCCACCGUAAACACGCACGAGACUCAACUACUCAGCAUUCAGGUGGACAUCUUCACCAAACAAUCACAAAGGGGGAGAGGAGAGGGAAGAGCGGAUAGUUGAAAGCCACAAAGGACCGACACCACGGUUCAAGCCGACUCCAAGUGCAGUUCACCGGGCGAUGCCAGAGUAAAUGCCGGGGCAAUGUCCCGUCGCAAGCAGGUGAACCCGCAGCACUUUUCUUUGACGCACAGGGAGACGGUACAAGCAGAAGCCAAUCAUGAUCCAGGGGCGGGGUCAGCUUCUCCGUCGGCCGACUCGUCCACCCCGAGCCCGCGCAGGACCGGCCCCGGCGAGCACGACCUGCUGACGUGCGGCCAGUGCCAGACCAACUUCCCUCUGGGCGACAUCUUGGUUUUCAUCGAGCACAAGCGGCGUCUAUGCAGGGGGCUUCGGAGUCCGCCGGGGUCCUUCUCCAAACCGGGGGAAGCGGGCGCGACCAACGGACUCCCCAUCUCCCCCCGGGCCCGGCUGCUGGAGCUGGGCAGGGGGCCGGUGGAGGUGGGGGUCCAGGUGUCGCCGGGCGGAGACGACGAAGAGGAGAGGAGACUGACGCCGGCCAAAGGGAUCUGCCCCAAACAGGAGCGAGGAGAUAAAGAUGAGCCGUCCAGCUACAUCUGCACGUCCUGCAAGCAGACCUUCACCAGCGCCUGGUUCCUGCUCCAGCACGCCCAGAACACCCACGGCAUCCGGAUCUACCUAGACCACCACAUGGCCAACGCCGCCCUCACCCCUCACAUGGCUCUACCCCCACCCCCGGGUGCUGACACCCUGCCUCGCUCUCCUCUCCCCACCUUUCUCAGCGACACCAACAACACAUUCCAAUUCCUGCGCAUGGCCGCCCCCCUCCUCAGGGAACACCACCCUCCCCCGGGGUACAUGGAAACUCGGCUGCCUGCGACGCCACCUUUCGUCAGCCCCCCUCCUCCGCCCAGACCUCCUCUAGAGCGGCUGGGCCCAGAAGAGAUGGGGCUGCUGUCCCAGCACCCCAGUGCCUUUGAGAGGGUGAUGCGGAUGGCUCCCAUGGACCCCCCCUCAAUGGACUUCUCCAGGCGUCUGAGGGAGCUGGCAGGUAACACCAACAAUGGAGGGCCCACCCCUCCUCUCUCCCCCAACCGAGUGCCACCCAUGCAUCGCCUGCUGAGUCCCACCCUCUUCCAGCCCGGGUCUAAGCCCCCCGCCUUUCUCACCUAUGCCCCACAGCCUCCCACCUCGCAGGGCAGCCACAACUCCACCAGCCCAUCUGACGCCCAGAACCAAGGCCAGGGUAAAUCAAAAUCUUGUGAGUUCUGUGGCAAAGUGUUUAAGUUCCAAAGUAACCUAAUUGUCCACAGACGCAGCCACACCGGAGAGCGGCCGUACAAGUGUCAUCUCUGUGACCAUGCGUGCUCCCAGGCCAGCAAGCUCAAGAGGCACAUGAAAACUCACAUGCACAAGUCUGGAUCCAUGACCGGCUCCCCAGAACAAGGGUCCAAAGGUGAGGGAGAGGGGGAGGACAAAAUGAGAGACGAAGAGGGCAGAGGAAUGGGCCUGGACAAUGAUGAGGAGGAGGAAGAGGAAGAGGAGGAGGAGGAAGAAGAGGAGGAGGAAGAGGAGGAGUUGAGAAAUGGCAGUCGUCCUGAUUCAAACUUAAGUGAGGACUCCCAGGAAUUCAGCCAAAACAGAGAAAACGGGCAGAGGCGGUCCCCUGAGGAGAAGGCCAUGGGAGGGGAGAGAAUUAUAGAGGGCAGUGGAGUGGGCAUCAUGCACCCGUACAACCAUCUGGACAAUCACAUACGACUGAACCCCAACAAGAGAGGCCUGGACCGACAGCCCAACGGAGACGGAGGGGAGCGGGACGAGGCAGAGAGGAACGGAGAGCAGAAUCAGGAGAGAGAGAGGAACCAGCCGGAGGAUCAGAGGCCUUUGAUGAAUGGCAGGAUGAGCGUCUCGGAGGCAGACGCCUUCUCCGGAUUGUUCCAGCGCCGGCCAACUCCCAUUACCAUCCCCAGCCCGUCCAACAACAAGAGGAUCAAGAUCGAGAAGGAACAGCUUGAGCUUCCCCCGACCAUCCCCCUCAUCUCCCCUGAGAACGUGUACUCCCAGCUCCUGGCUGGUUAUGCUGCAUCUCGACACUUCAUUAGAGAACCCUUUCUGGGAUUCACCGAUUCCCGUCAGUCGCCGUUCGCCACCUCCUCGGAGCACUCCUCCUCAGAAACUGGAAGCCUGCGCUUCUCCACGCCACCGGGGGAAUUGAUGGAUGCAGGCAGCGCCUCAGGUCGCAGCAACAGCAGUACCCCUCAUCUCCUGCGGGGGCCUGGGCCCGGCAGACCCCCCAGCUCCAAAGACCGCAGGAACGACACGUGCGAGUACUGCGGCAAAGUGUUCAAAAACUGCAGCAACCUGACGGUGCACCGGCGCAGCCACACAGGGGAGCGUCCUUACAAGUGUGACCUGUGCAGCUACGCCUGUGCACAGAGCUCCAAGCUCACGCGCCACAUGAAGACCCACGGCCAGUUCGGGAAAGAGGUGUACCGCUGCGACAUCUGCCACAUGCCCUUCAGCGUCUACAGCACGCUGGAGAAACACAUGAAGAAGUGGCACGGGGAACAUUUGAUGGCCAGCGAGGUCAAACUGGAGCAGGCCGAUAGAGGCUGAGCCAGCAGCACCCAAAGGCGACAGAACACUGGGACACAUACACAUGUAUGCACACACAAACUCCCUCAAACCACUCGGAGCUGUGGGGCUCAGCUGCAGAAUCUCUAUCUCUACAUGAGACUGAUCAUUGUUUGUCUUUUUCUUGUCACAAACUGACACCUGAGAAUAUUAACAAAGGGAAACUUUAAAAGAACUUGUCUGAGAGCCCAUCUUGGCAUUUCCAGACAAACUGUCUUCCUAACUGAUUUUAUCAGUUAGGAAUCCAUGGAGCCUUUCUACUGUGCAAUAAUUUCUGUAUUUAUUGGAUUUUUGUAAUGAUAUUUGGCAUGUGCAGGUACAUCUUUGUGGGAUUUCCUAUGGAAUUAGUUUUAAAAGUGUGCUAAAACAUUUUUGUUUUUUUUUAAAUAUAACUGGAAGAAGUCACCCUUUUUCAAAUUUCUUUAGUUUUCCUUUAAGGAAUUGUCCUAUAAGAUGAAACUGUGUGAAGCAGUAAGCUUUUAAAAAAUGAUGUUUUCUAUUUUAACUGCAGCAGCGGACUACAAUCCAUGUCCUCACCCAGGCCUAAGCACUGAAUGUCAGGCUGACAUUAAAACUCCACCGUGGAUUUAAGAAAUCCAACAUUUACAUUUUCAGGGGAUAAUAUAUUUAAAACAUUGGCAUGCGACUAUUCUAAAAAUGCAGUUACUGUGUUGCUGUCCUGAUUGAUAUAUCCAGGACAUAAAUAAAUGGUUGCACUUAAAGGAGGAGCCCUGAUGCUCAGUACAUUCCCAGCAGAGGUCUAAAGCGCCCGAUGUAAAAUGUUGAAUAAGUUAAGACUACUUGUGAUUAAUGUGAGAAGAACAGUCCUGUUUAUGGUUUGUAAAUAUUUUCUUUUUAUAUGUUGAAAAGUCGCCCUGAGCACGACAGAAAAAGGCCUAAACUUAAACAAUCAGAGACCAGCUGCUCCAUCGCCCACAGAAUAUGCUACAUCCAUCUCCCAUGCUUUUGUCGUUUAAGAAUUGAUUUCAAACUUCCACAGCCAACAUGUCCGCAUUCACAAAACUCCCACCGUAUUUAUUUAGCUGUUGUGUUUCCAUACAAGAUUUCAGUGCUGAUUUAUCAUUACAGAGAUAAGUAUUACGACACAUGAAAUAUCAGUUGCUAAUCAUAACGCAACGACCUAUGCAGUGCAGUGAUUUCAAUAUACAGGAAAACAUUAAUACUAUUCUACCAAAACUACACAUUUUAGAUUUGGUUUUAGUUGAAAUUUGAAACUGUAAUAUUUAAAAUCAUUAGUUUGAAUCUUAAUGGAAAUACAGCAUGUGUCCGUGGCCUUCCCAAAUACGUCGAAAUGAAAGUCGUAUCAGUAUGUGUUAGCAUGUAUUCUCUCCGCUGUGCGCCCUAAGCCUCUCCCAAGCGCUCACGUCUUUUCACACUCCACUAGCUCACAUUCAGCAUUAGAGCCGCUUUCAGACCGAAUUUGCGUGUUCAUUCGCCCCGACAAAGUGAUACGAUUUCAACAGAUUUCCCAGACUGUGUGCGCCGCGGUGACUUUUAGGGAUUACACCUCUUUGGAUUUUGAAUCUGAUACAUGAAAACUAUAUGAUAAUUUAUUUUUUUUUGGGGGGGGGGGGGGCGUACGGAAUUGGCUCGACAACCUCGCGCAGGCGUUGGUCUCGAAUAGUAAAAUAAAAAGAUUUGAUGAAAUGUAUGGAGGUGGAGAGAGAAAGAGAAAAAAGCGAAAGGGAGAGACAGGGAGCGGGGGCCUUGACCGGAGUCAUUCAAAUCAAAUUGGAAGCAUAUGGAAAGUGUGUGUUAUUUCGUAGACCCAAACACACAUGGACUGGCCAGUGUAUAACGCAGCAAGAGAGCCAGGAGACACAGCAAGGCCACAUCAAAAGAAAAUUGAUACGACUUUCAUUUCGCAAUCCCUCCCCCUUCACCGUCGAAAAUCAUCUUCACAUUUUGAAACUUUUGACCUGCUUUUUGGUUCACUGUCAGCUCCUAUCCGCGCCAAUUUCGUCUGAUAGGAAUAUACAGUGAUUUUAAAUGCAACGCGACUCCCUUAUAAAAAGUGGUGACGGCAUAGGUUAUACAUUGUAAUGAAUGGCUACACAGAUUGGGCGGAGAGAAAGGGGGCUUGCUUACAUGUGUUGAUGCAUGACUGCAAAAAAUCAAGAUCUGGUGGUAUACGCACAGGAAAACUUUGAGCGAGGCCAAAUUGAGCCAUACUGUGGAAUAUAAAUUGCAAAAAUAGAGGAACGCUGACACAUAUCCAAAUCCCUUGUGGACAUUCAGUCUUACAAUGUUUACAGUGUUGAAGUUAUUGAAAAAAUGUGUAUAUGUUUUUAAAAAGUAUUGUUUAGGACACCGUAAUAUUUUUUUUUUUGUAUGCUGGUGGAGGGAUUUUUACCAUGUUUCUGUAUUUUGGAAAUUGUAAAACUGCAAAGCCAUUCCAGAAUAUUUUUAUUGCAAUUUGGUGCCAUUUUUUAAUCCGUUAUUUUGACUUUUUUAUGUUUUAUGAAUGUUGUUGGUUUGGUGAAGCAAUCCGUGUAUGGAUAUAAAACUAGAAAAAUACAAUUUCUAAAGGAGGACUUUCUGCAGGGGAACCUAACGGUCUAAAAUAGUGCAUACUUUUCCCAAUCAAAUAAGACAUGCUGUUUUUGUUCUUUUUCUCCUCAUGGUUGGUUGAAGGUCUUGUGAUGGCACUUACCAAUUGUAAUUUGGCAAACAUACUGUAUACAUUUCUUCAUAUUUCACAACUUUCACUCACUCUUUGUACAAAAAAAUGAUAGUUUCGUUGUUCUUAUUUGGGGGGAGUGCAUUGUUGUGAAAAAAGUGGUUUCUGAACAGUCCACGUCAUGCUGUUUGGAACAUAUAUGUAUUUUUGUAAUGUGUUGAAAAAUCAAUACAAGAAAGCCAACACUUCAAUAAAUGUUGCAAUUGCUCUAUGACUGAA